AUGGAUGCCACUACCCAUAAAUCGCAAUUCGCAGUACCGCUGAUGCCGCCGACAUUCGUAAAUCAAGGUGAAAUUUAUAACGUGAACUCAGUGCCAUCGAAUACUCAAAUGCUUCCAUCAACAUCUACCAGUAAUUUCGCCGUUCCACAAAUUAACAAUGCUCAGAAUGCAAUAAACAGCUCAGCAGCAGGUGUUAUACGACGGCGUCGAUUCAGCACCGCGAAAAUUCAGCCAACAAGGAUUAAAAAAGUUAUGCAAUCAGAUGAAGAAAUUGGACGAAUGGUGCAAUCUGUGCCAGUGAGCAUCGGCCGAGCAAUGGAACAUUUUGCUGAAAAAUUUCUGCAGGCUGCUGCUGAUGCCACGCUAUGUAGUAAUUCGAAAACACUGACUCCCCAGCAUAUGAAGCAAGCGAUGAUUUCAACUCCCCAUUUUGCAUUUUUGGAAACGAUUCUAGGCGAAGUGGCACUGCCAAAACCCUCUUUUGACGCUGCUGUUUCGAAAUAUGUAACAAAUAUCAAAGAAGAAAUGGAUUUAAAAGAAAAAAUGAAUAUGGAAGCUGCAACACUUGCUCAGGCACAAUUCCCGAUUAAUGAUGAUCAGAACACUAUUCUAAUGCAGCAGAAUGCGUUUCAGAACGUUCUUUUACCAAAGUCAGAACUGGAUACUGCUGAAAUCACUAUGUCUCCAAUAACACCAACAACAUCAUUAACAAAUGGGAUGAUGGAAAUGCUUCGGACUGCAUCGAAGCAGAUUGCUGCGACAAACGCCUCCACCCCAAGCUCGGUACGUUUGAACGGUAUCAAACGUUUGUCGACGGACUCGUUUGGGCCUGAUGAUGGUAGCGAAAAACCGAAAAGAGGGCGGCCCAAGAAGAAAAAACCGGACAAUUUGCGGUGCAUUGAUGAUGAUCUUGUAGAUGAAGCAACAAAGAACAUCGCCAAGGAAGACAAAGAUCGGGAGAUGAUGCCUCCGCCAUCCCUUCCAAUCGGUGCAAUUCCUCGUCAGUAG